AUGCCGAGAGAAAUCGUGACACUUCAAGUCGGCCAGUGCGGCAACCAGAUUGGCAUGGAGUUCUGGAAGCAGCUGUGCAUGGAGCACGGCAUCGACCAGGAAGGCCUUUUGGUGGACAGCAAGGUGCAUGCGUACGCGGAAGACCGAAAAGACGUUUUUUUCUACCAGGCUGACGAUGAGCACUACAUCCCGCGCGCGCUGCUUUUUGACCUCGAGCCGCGCGUCGUCAACGCCAUCCAGACCUCCGAGUACAAAAAUCUAUACAACCCCGAGAACUUCUUUGUCUCCAAAGAGGGAGGAGGCGCGGGAAACAACUGGGGAAGUGGGUACGCGCAGGCGGAGCGCGUGCAAGAGGAGCUGAUGGAGAUGAUCGACAGAGAGGCUGACGGCAGUGAGAGUCUUGAAGGUUUCGUCUUAUGUCAUUCCAUUGCUGGAGGUACCGGAAGCGGCAUGGGGAGUUACUUGCUUGAGGCGCUCUGCGACAGGUACCCGAAGAAGCUUCUGCAGACCUUCAGCGUUUUCCCGCUGUUAACUACAGAGACGAGCGACGUCGUCGUUCAGCCGUAUAACAGCGUGUUGACUCUGAAGCGUCUGGCGCUCAACGCGGACUGCGUAGUUGUCCUCGACAACACCGCGCUGAACAGCAUCGCCGUUGAGCGCCUUAAGAUCCACAAUCCCUCUUUCCAGCAAACCAACGCGCUGGUCUCGACGGUGAUGGCAGCGAGCACCAGCACUCUGCGCUACCCGUCGUACAUGAACGCAGACAUGCUUUCGCUCAUUUCCUCGCUCGUCCCGACACCUCGCUGUCACUUCCUCAUGACUGGCUACACGCCGCUCACCCUCGACGCCUGCGUCUCCUCCGUUCAAAAAACAACCGUGAUGGACGUCAUGCGCAGGCUGCUUCAAACCAAAAAUAUCAUGGUGUCGGCGUCGCUGCGACGGGGAAUGUAUAUCUCGAUGCUGAAUAUCAUUCGAGGCGAAGCGGACCCUACUCAGGUUCACAAGAGCUUGCAAAGAAUCAAGGACAGACGCCUCGUCAACUUCAUUCGCUGGAACCCCGCCAGCAUCCAGGUGGCGCUCUCCAAGCAAUCUCCGUUCAUCCCGUCGCCGCACAAAGUCUCUGCGCUCAUGAUGGCGAACCAUACAUCCAUCGCUUCGCUGUUUGAGCGCUGCGUCGUGCAAUACGAUCGCCUCUUCAAGCGCAAGGCCUUCCUCGACAACUAUAAAAAGGAACCGAUGUUUUCUAGUCCUGACGGCCAGGGUAACUUCGAGGAGAUGGAGAGCUCCAAAGAUGUCUGCCUGAAUUUGAUUGACGAGUACCGGAGAGCAGAGAGCGACGACUACCUCUCUUCCUUUGGUAAGACAGGCUCUGCCCUCUGCAGGCUCCCUCUGGAUUCUGCGUUGCUGCGAUUUCUUUUGGCGUGCAUGCAAAAUGUCUGUUUUUGUUUAUGUUCACACUCUUCGUAA